GGAGUGAGGCUCUGUUUCCGGGUGGCGCGUGGGGCUGGAAAUAGAGACGUGCCUGUGCCGCCACCAACAUGGAGACCUUGUACCGAGUACCGUUUUUAGUGCUCGAAUGUCCCAACCUAAAGCUGAAGAAGCCCCCCUGGGUUCACAUGCCGUCGGCUAUGACAGUGUACGCUCUGGUGGUAGUGUCUUACUUCCUCAUCACCGGAGGAAUAAUUUAUGAUGUUAUUGUUGAACCUCCAAGUGUUGGCUCGAUGACUGAUGAACAUGGGCACCAGAGGCCAGUAGCUUUCCUGGCCUACAGAGUAAAUGGACAAUAUAUUAUGGAAGGACUUGCAUCCAGUUUCCUGUUUACAAUGGGAGGUUUAGGAUUCAUAAUCCUGGACCGAUCCAAUGCACCAAACAUUCCAAAACUCAAUAGAUUUCUUCUGCUGUUCAUUGGAUUCGUCUGUGUCCUAUUGAGUUUUUUCAUGGCUAGAGUAUUCAUGAGAAUGAAACUGCCAGGCUAUCUGAUGGGUUAGAGUGCCUUUUGAGACGAAAUCAAUGGAUACUGGAUUUGCUCCUGUUGAUGAAGUUUUAAAGGCUAUACCAAUCCUCAAUAUGAAAUGUGGAAAAGCAGCAGAGGAAGAAGCAUCUAGUGAAAACAGGAAGCUUAUUAAAGCUUGGACUAGAAUUUCUUCUUGGUAAUAUCAGAGAGACAAUCAUAUCACAGUAUUUUUUCCUGCUGACCUAUGGUAGCAUACCAUCAAUGUGAAGUGGCAUUUUCUUUUUAGAUUUUUAUUUCUGGAAGGAAAUAUACUCCAUUUCUACAACUAUAAUAUUGAAUAAAGUGAUUUUUUUUUUUUUUAACAACCCCCUUAACAGUUUUUGGAGAUGGCAUUUCUGAUUUUCAGAAAUUAAUGUAAAAUCAAGAAGCAAGAUCCUAUAACCUGAGAACUGUGGACAAUUCAUCAGCUUUACCUAUGGUGCUUUGCCUUUAAACAGAGUGUGCGAUAGUUCAUUAUUUCAGAUGUGUAUGUAAGAUUGUUUCCUGAACAAUAAGAUGUAUGAAAGGAGCAGAAAUAAAUAAUUUUUCUAAUUAGCACCUUUUA